AACUGAUAAGGUACAUUGUCCUUGAUAAACCUUUAAUUUGUGCAUUUAAUUUGUGUUAAGUGAUCGUGUACUAUUUUAUAAAAAUGAUAAAAUUCACAAUAAGCAUUCUUUUGAUCACAGCUACAUUAAGCACAUGCAAUGGUAUUUGUCGUGACCUUUUACCUGAUUGUGCUGAAUAUACUCAAUCUGCCUGUAAAGCACCGUACGACUCUUGGGCAAGGAAAAACUGCGCAAAUUUUUGUGGAUUUUGUACUCCCAGUUGCAAUGAUGCAAUAUCAGAUUGUUCAGAAUAUGGGAAGCAAGCUUGUGUGGCGCCAUAUUUGACAUGGGCCAAAAGUCACUGUGCAAGUUAUUGCGGACUGUGCAGUGACAUAUCAGUUCCAACAAAAAAGCCUGCAACCACCCAAAGCGCUCAAAUAGCACUGACCAAUGGAAGUUGUACAUAUAAAGGACAAGUUCAUGCUGUAGGAGAAACCUGGUUAGAUGGAUGUGAUUAUAGAUGCACGUGUACGAAUGAGGGUCUUACACAAUGUGUGCAACCUUGUGCGGUGUAUUCCAAUUUGCCAACCAACUGUAGGCUGGAACCUGUUCCUGGCGAUUGUUGUAAACGAGUUUUAUGUAGUUAUAAUCAAUCGGCGAGCCCAAUAGAUACUUCUUUGAAUCUAGAUCAGGGAUGUCUGUAUAAAAAUAAAAGUUACGCAAGGGGCCAAACAUUCAUGGAUGGGUGUGAUUAUAAAUGUACGUGCGAGAGAAACAAUAUUGUCCAGUGUGUGACGCCCUGUGUUAUUUACACCAACCUUCCCUCAUCCUGUCAUUAUGAAACGGUUCCCGGGGAUUGCUGCAAAAAAGUUGUCUGUACAUUAAGUGGCAGUGGUAGUGGGGCUAUACAAGGCAAUGACAAAUGUGUAUACAAGGACAGGUCGUAUGCUGUGGGAGAGUGGUGGCAGGACGGAUGUGACUACAACUGCACGUGUUUGGCUGGCCUUACUACCCACUGUACAACUCUAUGCAAUCUGUUCAGCCACCUUCCUCCAAGUUGUCAUUACGAGACUGUCCCAGGUCAAUGUUGUAAGAAGUUGGUCUGUCUGAACACAACAAGCUCUUCACUUAUUGACCGCGGAGGUUGUACAUACAAAAAUCAGACUUACAAGACAGGACAGACUUGGCAAGAUGGCUGUUCCAUCAACUGCACAUGCGAGAACGGUAGAACUGGACAUUACAACUGCAUGAGCACGUGUCCUCAAAUUCAACCAGCCGCCGGAUGUUCUUUGGUGAAGAAAAACGGAAAGUGUUGUCCAGAAUCAGUUUGUAACAUACCAAAUAUAAACACGACAUCAGCCCUACCAAGUGACUUCCAUGGAUGCGUUUAUAAGGACGGGUCGGUUUAUCAGUUCGGGGACAUGUGGUAUGAUGGUUGUCUAUUGAGAUGUUAUUGUCAGAAUAACAGAUUUUACAACUGUGAGAGUAGAUGUGUUGAAUUUCAUUUACCGUCUGCGUGUAAACUUGAACCUCCUGCUGCUGGAAAGUGCUGUAAGGUACCAAAAUGUCCCGCCAACUACUUUAUUAAUUACCCGCCUGGAUAUGUUCAGGAGUAGAGCCAUAGGCCAUGAACAAAAAGAAGUUGUGUUUACAAAUUGUCAAA